AUGGUCGAACAACCUUCCUCCGAUAAUCAGGUUCGAACGGAUAUUUACUGGUAUGCAGUGAAUCCAAGUACGAAGAAGAUUUGUAAGAAGCAUGAGUACAGAAAGCUCUUCGAAACGCCAUCAAUAGCAAUGGUAGCUGGCAAAGUUCAACCAUGGUUCCGGCUUGAGAAGAUUGCCGAAGAUGUCGUUGAUGACAACGAUGCUGCAGGUGGUAUGCUGCCCAGCAACUGGAAGACGGCUAGCAUAAUGUUGAUAGGCUUGGCUAUCCUUAUUGCUGUCGGUGCUGUGAUCGGAAUAUGCGCAGUAUGCAUAUUCUGGAGUCGAUACAGAAUUUCUCAAAGCAGUGUGCACUCAUUUAAUCCUCGUGGAUAUCCACAGAAACUUGGAGCUGUUUUCCUGCCAAAUGCACCCAAUGAUCCACGGCUCGACAAGAUCUAUGAGACCCAGGUAUAGCU